AUGAGGGUUGUUAGUUACGCUGUUGUCGGUUAUUCUUUGGCUUUAACUUUAGCUUAUAAAGUUAUCUCCAUGCCAACUGACACUUUAAGUCCAUCUCAAUCAAUAAUUGAUGGCAAAACCUUAGUAUCUGCCAAAGAAAAAUUCCAGCUUGGUUUCUUCAGUCCAAACAAUUCAAAUAAUCGAUACUUAGGAAUAUGGUACUACAAUAUCAAACCUCAAACCAUUGUCUGGGUGGCAAACAGAAAUUACCCCCUUAAUGAUUCAUCAGGCACCAUGAAGAUUGGGGGCGAUGGGAAUUUGAUCCUUUUCCACCACAUUGAAAGUGUCGCCUGGUCUACAAAUAUCAAAAACAUGUCAUCAAAAAUUAUUGUUGCACAGCUCCAAGACUCUGGAAAUCUUGUUCUGAGGGAUGAGAGCAACGGGUUCAAAGAAAGCUAUCUAUGGCAAAGGUUUGAUCAUCCCUCUGAUACUUGGUUAGCAGGCAUGAAGCUGGGAUGGGACUUGAGAAUCGGUUUAAACCGAUAUCUCACAUCAUGGAAGAGUGAAGAUGAUCCUUCUCCUGGUGAAUUCACUUGUGGUCUUGAUCGUAAAGCACCGCCACAUUUAGUCCUUCGCAAGGGAUCGGUUAAGAUAUUUCGUAGUGCGACGUGGGAUGGAGUGCGGUUCAGGGGGUUAUCCGUUAGCCCUGACCUUACCAUCAUCCCCAAGGUUAUCUCUAAUUUAGAAGAGUUGUAUUUUGAAUAUGGCCUCUACAAUGAUGAGUCAUAA